AUGGCAGGGAAGGCCUCCACCAGGAUCCAUGGGAGAACCUUGCGAGAUGAGAAAAGCCACAAGCAACUCCCGGGGAAGAAUGAAGACUCUCCACUAAAGCCAGACGUGGAGCAGAAGUUGCGUUCAGCCUCCAGUGUCGAUGAACUGAUGAGUCUCAUCUAUCCUUCAUACUGGGCAGCUCUGAAGUGCAGAUCUAAACUUGCGGCUGCCGCUUCCUCCUCAGCCACCAAGCUCUCUCAGCGGCCACAGCCUCGCCGACUAAGGCCACUGGCUGAUACAGAAGAGCCGACAUUUGCUGCUGCCUACCUCAACUUGGAUGUUCUGAAAAGUAUAGAGUCGGAGUGGAGGAAGACUCAGUGCAUGCCCAGGGAAGUGUGUGUCGACGUGGGCAGGGAAUUCGGGGCUCCCACGAACAUCUUCUAUAAACCACCAUGUGUGUCCGUCUAUAGAUGUGGAGGGUGCUGCCACUCUGAAGACAAACAAUGCAGGAAUAUCUCCACUGGUUACCUCAGCAAAACGCUGUUUGAGAUCACAGUGCCGAUCACCCAGGGCACCAAGCCGGUGACCAUCAGUGUGGCUAACCACACCCAGUGCAGUUGUCUGUCCAAACUGGAUGUCUACAAACAAGUCCACAGCAUCAUCAGGAGAGCCCUGCCUGAGUGUCCAGUAGCCAACAGGACAUGUCCUCCUGGUCAGACUUGGAGCAGCAGGCAGUGUCGGUGUGUCAGCAUGACCACCAAUGUGCACCACAACCCCCCUCCCCCACCACUGCCCCCUCCGAGGCCCUCCCAACAGCACCUUGAUGUUGCAGUACGUCUUCCAGAUGGCAGCAAGAACAUUGUGGUCCUUGAUGGUCCUGUUGGCCUUCCCACAACGCUGGGUGUAAAGGUCCUCCAUGGAUGA